GUUUUUCUAAUUCGUAAUAAAUGAAAACAUUUUAAAAUUAAAAAUUAUAAUAAUAAUAAUUAAAUUUGAAGAAAAAAGUGAAUUGUGAAUAUAAAGAUUAUAAAUAAUAAUAUAUUGAUAAUGUCCGAUAAUAAUUAUAUUUCUUUGAAAAAAUUACAAAAUAAAAAGCACUUGCAAGAAUUCUUAACACCUAUUUUUCGUAUAAAUUCAGAGGAAUCUUUGAUUCGUAAUAGAAAAUUUUUAAAGGAUCUAGAACUUGCAAAAGCACGUUUGCGAACUUACGCUGCAUAUACACCAACUGAUCGAGAAUUACAACAACGUGCAAUGGAAUAUCGCAAACAUCUUCAGAAAUAUAUAUGAAAUUUUUGCUUCAUAACAAGUUGAUUUCAUGUUGCAAAUGAAGUACAUCCAUUCAGUUUGAUAACUCGAGCCGAACGAACAAACUUUCAAGUGAAAAGUUUGUUGAUCGUUAGGAUCGAUGCACCAAACUGAUAAUUCAAUCGAUUGUAUUAGACUAAUGAAAUAAAAAAUAUAA